AUGGUGACUUUUUUAGGGUUCCCGAUUGAAAUCAGAAAUAUAUGUGUUUUUCUUGCUCCUGUGUUUUCUGCAUUUACUUCUUUGACAGGAUAUAUGAUUACUAAAGAAAUCACUGGAAAAUCCGAGUCAGGAUUAUUUACAGCUUUAUUUUUAAGUGUCGUGCCAUCCUAUAUAUCAAGAUCAGUCGCAGGAAGUUAUGACAAUGAAGCAAUCGCCAUUUUUGCAUUGGUAUUUACUUUUUAUUUGUUCAUUAAAGCACUUAAUACUGUAAACUACAUAUAGGGGUCACUGUUUUGGUCAUCACUUGCAUCCUUAGCUUUAUUCUAUAUGGUUGCAUCCUGGGGAGGGUACUCAUUUAUAGUAAAUAUUAUACCUAUUUUUAUCGUCGGCUUAAUACUAAUAGGAAGACUUACCACAAACGUAUACAUCACAUACUGCACAUUCCACAUAUUAGGGAGCAUCUUAGCCAUGCAAAUUCCUUUUGUAGGGUUUCAAGCCAUUACUUCUUCAGAGCAUUUAGCUUCACAUACCGUUUUUGUAUUUAUGAAUGUUUAUAUGUUCUGUGAAUGAAUAAAAAACCAAAUCGGCGAAAAAAGAUUUUCCAAUUUGAAAAAAUUUGUGAUUUUAGGCACGCUGAAUUUAAUUGUGAUUUUUGCGUUAUUUGCUAUGCUUACAGGGAAAAUGAAAUGAAGUGGGAGAAGUUUGAGUCUUCUGGAUCCUACUUAUGCGUCGAAGUUUAUUCCGAUUAUUGCAUCAGUCUCUGAACACCAGCCAACUUCUUGGGCGCUGUUUUUCUUUGACUUGCAUUUAUUACUGGUUUUAGCACCUAUUGGGCUUUAUUUUUGUUUGGUUGAAUAUAAUGAAGGAAAACUGUUUUUGGCUUUAUAUGGGGUGCUCUCUGCUUAUUUUGCGUCAGUUAUGAAUAGACUGCUGCUAGUAUUUGCUCCUGCGCUUUGUAUUUUAUCAGGGAUAGGGGUAUCGGAAACUAUUUAUAAAUUUGUAAGGCAUAUAACGAAUUAUAAAUCAUGGCAAGAGUAUGUUAAAUCAAGAAAGAAUGCUAAAGCUGCUAGACCACGCUAUGGCAUCCCAAUAGAAAUAUCUAUUAUUUUGAUAAUUUUAAUUGGCUAUGCUAUUAGUAAUUAUAUCUAUCAUUCUGUUUGGGCUACUGCGGAAGGCUACUCUUCGCCUUCAAUUGUUAUGUCCUAUCAGCACAAUGGUGAAAAAAUAAUCAUUGAUGAUUUCAGAGAAGCAUACUAUUGGCUGAGGAUGAAUACAAAAGAAAAUUCACAUAUAAUGUCAUGGUGGGAUUAUGGCUACCAAAUAACAGGCAUGGGAAACCGAACUGUUCUAGUUGACAAUAAUACCUGAAAUAACUCUCAUAUUGCGACUGUAGGGAUGAUUUUUGGCUGUGAUGAAGAAGAUGCAGCUUUUUAUUUAAGAAAAUUAGACGUUAAUUACGUGCUGGUAAUUUUUGGCGGAUAUAGCGCAUAUUCGAGCGACGAUAUAAAUAAAUUUUUAUGGAUGGUAAGAAUUGCUGCUGGAGUUUAUCCUGAAAUAAAAGAAGAAGAUUAUGAAGCUGAUGGUGUAUAUAGGAUUGAUAGCCAAGUCACGCAAAAAAUGAAAGACAGCUUAAUGUAUAAAUUAUCAUAUUACAGAUUUGGAGGAGUCGGAGGAUAUGACACUGCAAGAAGGGUCCAUAUUGGCGACAAAGAUUUUGUAUUAAAACACUUGAAAGAAGUUUAUACUUCCUUGCAUUGGAUUGUCAGGAUUUAUGAAGUUUUGCCUGAAGAAUUUCGAGAGUUUGAGAGGUCAAGGAGCUCAUAUGCAGAGUUAUCAGAAAAUGUAUUAUUAAAGCAAAAUUUAACAAAAAUAAAAAUAAGGCCAAUUGAUGAAUAA